GGCAAGAGUCCCGCAGUCGGAGGCGGCCGGCAGGGCUUGAGCUCGCUCCCUGCAGCCGGGAUUGGGCCGGAGCCGCGCGCGGGCCAGGGCCGCAGCCAGGCCGGGGUCAGCGGGCCAGGGGCAGCGGCCCGAGCCGGGCAUCCAGGCCGCAGCGAGCAGGGUCCGGCAGGUGCUGGGGUGCGCGGGGCUGCCGAGCCCAGAUGUGAGGCGGCAUGGGGGCCCCGCUGGCCGCGGCGCUGGGCGCCUUGCACUACCUGGCACUUUUCCUGCAACUCGGUGGCGCCACUCGAGCCGCCGGCCAUGCGCCCUGGGACAACCACGUCUCCGGCCACGCCCUGUUCACAGAGACGCCCCACGACAUGACGGCACGGACAGGCGAGGACGUGGAGAUGGCCUGCUCCUUCCGGGGCAGCGGCUCCCCCUCCUAUUCGCUGGAGAUCCAGUGGUGGUACCAGCGCAGCCGCAGGGAUUGGACUGACAAGCAGGCCUGGGCUUCGAACCAGCUAAAAGCAUCUCAGCAGGAAGACGCAGGGAAGGACGCGACCAAAAUAAGUGUGGUCAAAGUGGUGGGCAGCAAUAUCUCCCAUAAGCUGCGCCUCUCCCGGGUGAAGCCCACGGACGAGGGCACCUACGAGUGCCGGGUGAUCGACUUCAGCGACGGCAAGGCCCGGCACCACAAGGUCAAGGCCUACCUGCGGGUGCAGCCUGGGGAGAACUCGGUCCUGCACCUGCCCGAAGCCCCUCCCGCCGCGCCCGCGCCGCCGCCGCCGCCGCCCAAGCCGGGCAAGGAGCUGCGGAAGCGCUCGCUGGACGAGGAGGCCUGCAGCCUCUAGACUGAGCCGCCCCGCCCGCUGUCCACAGUGCAACGGGGGCCGUUGCAAUGGGGGGGGCGGGCUGCCAUGCUCGACACCUCCCCCCAACCCUGGCCUGUGGCCCCCGCGGCGGCCCCCCGCCCCGCUCACCCCCUUUGGCUCAGCAUGCAAGCCCCGCCCGCCCCUCCCUCCCCAGACCCCUGCGGUGACCUGGCUGGACAAGGUGGCUCUGGGCACCGAGAAGGACCACCCCAAGGCUGGGCGGGGCGUCAGGCCGCGGCAGGCCGCCCCCUUAGGGUCACCAGCUUCCGUGGAGUCCAGUGUUUUGCUUUGCUUGCUCCCCCAUCCUGUCCCCAGCCGGGCCUCCUCACCUUACUCUCCCUUCUUCCUGUCACCCGCCCCCCCACCACCUCCUUCGGCCUGGGGGUGUGGACAGUGACCCCUGGUCCUGCUUGCACUUGAAUCUCUCAGCAGAAUGAGGGUCUUGUCCCUGGCCAGGAAAUGGCGUGCGAGCCCCCAGGAGGGUCUUGCCCUGGGGCCGGGGCUCAUUAGCAAGGUGGUCUUAAGGGGUCUAGAGAGAGGGAUGUGCGAUGCUGCCCCCCAGAGGUCCUCGACCUCAGUCUCCUUACACCUAAACAUCAGCUCCCCCUCCAGGAAGGCUGCCAGGCUCUCUACCCUCAGAAGGAGGCCUUGUUCUGGGACCCUGUAGCCCCAGCAGAGUUUUGCACCAGCAGGACCCCUUCCAGGGUCUCCGAGGCUCUCCCAAGAGCCCCUCCUCUGCCAGUUCCCGAUGCCCCAGCUCCUUCUGGGGACCAUAUUAACUCCCCUACCCCAAGGCCCUGGGAUAUCAGGAGCCAAGGGCCUCCAACCCCAAGUCCCUUACAAUUCCUGAUCAGGGAGGAUACCCACCUCCUGGUGAUUUGUAAAUAUUUCUAAUGGGCCCAGCACCCACUAGGAACUGGCUCUGACCUCUUGCUGCCCCUCAUCAAUGGAGUGGGGUGUAAGGGGGAGGCAGGGGGCUUGGCCCCGGGUCCUUGGGCAAUCCUGUACAAUUGAUCCAAUACAUGAUUACCAGCCAGCCCGAAUAAAGCAGUUUAAAAACAAACAA